AGCGCGGAUUGGCAGUCGCGCCGAGUCGUCGUUGGUGGCACUACUGUUUCGCGGAAGCUGAAUCCGGCAUGUCGAAGUACACGAAGCUGGCCCGCGGGUUCUGCGACCUGCUGAUCUGGGCGGCCCUCAGUGGGGCCAGCCUGCUACUGCACAAGUUGGUGCGCCCCUUCCGGCGGGGCUUCUUCUGCGGGGACGAAUCCCUGGGCUACCCCAUGCGUGAUAGCACCAUUGGUCAUGAGCUGGUCAUCGGCCUAGUUCUCGGAGUGCCCACAGCCGUGAUAGCCGUGGUGGAGCUCUUCAAGCAGCUUCCAGGUAGCCGUCCGACCCAGCGCCUGGCCCAGUUGUACCGACAGGCGAUCUGCUACCUAUUUGGCCUGGCUAUGUGCACCUUCGCCACGAUGCUUUCAAAGCUCUGCAUCGGGCGGCUGCGGCCCCACUUCUUCGCUGUGUGCCAGCCCAUGUUGCCGGACGGAAGCGGAUGCCAGGACGCCCAGAAUGCUGGACGGUACAUCGAUGCCUUCACGUGCAGCAACGCCAACAUGUCGGACUUCGCCUUCAAGCAGCUUAACCAAUCCUUCCCCAGCGGUCACGCCAGCCUGAUGAUGUACGCCAUGCUCUACCUGGCCAUCUACCUGCAGGUGGCGCUCAGCACUCGGGUCUCUAAGCUGCUGAAGCACCUGUUGCAGUUCCUCUUUGUCAUGUUUGGCUGGUACGUCUCCCUGACCCGGAUCACUGACUACUAUCACCACUGGAGCGACGUUAUGGCAGGAGCGGCACUGGGCGUUGUGUUCGCAUGGCUCACGGCGGUGUUUGUGACCGAUCUGUUUGCCAACAGGCGCUGGGCCAAGAAUGGUUACUCGGCCAACACCCUGCGAAAGCCCCAGGUGUCGCCCAAGAGCUCCUCCAAAUCCCAGGCCGGAGGAGCCGCUGCUGCGGGGGCCCCAGGAGCGGCCCAGGGCGUGCCUCCCGCUCUGCCGGCCUACACGUUUGGAACGCUGCCGUACUUGGCGGCGCACCCCGCACAGGCGCAGGCGCAAUACGCUCAAACGUAUCACAACUACGGCUAUGUGCCCUGAGCAAAAUAUAGAUUAGCGAAAUUAAGCUUGCAGAACCUCAUGUAGACACUGGAACAAAGAUUUGCACAAAUUCCUGUUUUGUUUGUAUUCUAGAGAAAUAAAUAUAUGUAUUAUCACACAA